AAGUUUACGCAGAGCAAAACUAUUUGCUAGAAUUGCUUUUGAUCCUCAAGCUCUUGGUAGUGUCUGAGAUGCUGUCACCAGGAUUCUGUUGCACAAAGAGAAAGAUAAAAAUAUCUCUCUGAUGGGUGCAUUUUCUCUCUUUCCCAUCCUCUUGCCAGGAACGCUGGAAAAGGCUCCCAGGCUGAUUGGAGGCAUUAGGACGUCGCUUUGAAUCUCAGUGUUUGAGAAAGAAAUGUGGGUAGUACCCGGCUCCUGGUGGAGAAGAAAGGAACUCAGGGCGAUAGGAGAAGCCUCGACUGCACCCUGCCCAUUUCCUCCAGGCUAGUGUAUUUGGAAAGCCUCAGUCUUCCUGGUCAUUGCAGGACCACGCUGAGGGGCCGCUGCAUUUCCUCUGAUUCUUUCCCUUGCCCCCGAGGGCUGGCAAAGGGAAGCUUCCUGGAACUUUAAGGGACAUGGAUCUUGGGCAGAAGUCUCUAUAGGAAAACGUACAAGGGUAGAAGUCUUCUCCAUAUUGCCACUGCCUCUCUUCCAAGGCUGGGGCUGCUUCAUCACACGUCCUAACUGAAAGAGGCAGAAACUCUCCAGAUGUCUUCUAAUAAUGACCCAGUUUGUAUCCCAAUGUCACAAAGAAGCACCAAUGACCUCUCCAGGAUGACCUCCAACGACCUGAAGACAUCUACUGAAGUAGCCGUGUUAAGUUUUCAUAACAUUUACUAUCGAGUAAAAGUAAAGAGUGGCUUUCUUCUUGGUCGAAAAACAGUUGAGAAAGAAAUACUAACAAAUAUCAAUGGUGUCAUGAGACCUGGCCUCAAUGCCAUUCUGGGACCCACAGGUGGAGGCAAAUCUUCGUUGUUAGAUGUCUUAGCUGCAAGGAAAGAUCCGCAUGGAUUAUCGGGAGAUGUUUUGAUAAAUGGAGCACCUCGACCUGCCAAUUUCAAAUGUAAUUCAGGUUAUGUGGUACAAGAUGAUGUUGUGAUGGGAACUCUGACAGUGAGAGAAAAUUUACAAUUCUCAGCAGCUCUUCGGCUUCCAACAACUAUGACGAGUCAUGAAAAAAAUGAGCGAAUUAACAAGGUCAUUCAGCAAUUAGGUCUGGAUAAAGUGGCAGAUUCCAAGGUUGGAACUCAGUUUAUACGCGGCGUGUCUGGAGGAGAAAGAAAAAGAACUAGUAUUGGAAUGGAACUUAUUACUGAUCCAGCCAUCUUAUUUCUGGAUGAGCCCACAACUGGCUUAGACUCCAGCACAGCAAAUGCUGUCCUUUUGCUCCUGAAGAGGAUGUCUGAACAGGGACGAACAAUCAUCUUCUCCAUUCAUCAGCCUCGUUAUUCUAUCUUCAAGUUGUUUGAUAGCCUCACCUUGUUGGCUGCAGGAAAACUGAUGUUCCAUGGGCCUGCCCAGGAGGCCUUGGGGUUCUUUGCGUCAGUGGGUUACCAUUGUGAGCCCUAUAAUAACCCUGCAGACUUCUUCUUGGAUGUCAUUAAUGGAGACUCCUCUGCUGUGGUAUUAAACAGAGAGGACCAAGAGGGUGAAGUCAAGGUGACUGAAGAGCCUUCCAAGAGAGGUACUCCAUUCAUAGAAAGAAUAGCUGAAUUUUAUGCCAAUUCUGACUUCUGCAGAAAAACAAAAGAGGAGUUAGAUCAACUCUCAAAGAGUCAGAAAAGGAAGAGCUCAGCCUUUAAGGAGAUCACGUAUGCCACCUCCUUCUGUCAGCAACUCAAAUGGAUUUCCAAGCGUUCAUUCAAAAAUUUACUGGGUAAUCCCCAGGCCUCUAUCGCUCAGAUAAUUGUAACAGUCAUCCUGGGAUUGGUUUUAGGUGCCAUUUUCUAUGAUCUAAAAAAUGAUUCUACAGGAAUCCAGAAUAGAUCAGGGGUGCUCUUCUUUCUGACAACCAACCAGUGUUUCAGCAGUGUGUCAGCUGUGGAGCUCCUUGUGGUUGAGAAGAAGCUUUUUAUACAUGAAUAUAUCAGUGGAUACUACAGAGUGUCAUCUUAUUUCUUUGGAAAACUGUUAUCUGAUUUACUACCCAUGAGGAUGUUACCAAGUAUUAUAUUUACUUGUAUAAUAUACUUCUUGUUAGGUAAGCAAUAUGACAAACCGUUUGUGUCUGUAGUUUUGGAUAUGAGGGCAAGCCGAUUUCUUUUUACUAGCUUGUUUUUGGUUCUCAAACUUUAAACCAAGCUGGUGACA